AACGUCCCUUCUUCCAUCAGUAGCUGCUAGAACUUCAAGGUGUUGACAGUCAAAAAAAUAAAAAUAAAAUUUUUAAUUAGUAAAUUGUUUUGUUUUUUUUUAAUUAUUAAAAUUCCCUUUGUUGGCCCGCUGAAGCAUCGAAAGAUAUGACAAAACGCCAUAAACAUUUAAUAUUCUACCGCAUGCUACUGGUUAUCGGUAUUCCUACGGUUUAUUUUACAUGUAUUAGUCUCAGUGGAUUUUUCAAGGUCAAAAGUACGGAAUUAGACCCUGAAAUAUUUGGAAGAAAUGAAAUCCGAUUACGUAAAUUAAUGCAAGUUGAAGAGCCAGAGGUAAACAGAAGUAAUCAAUGUAUUGCGCCAGCGAUCGAUGAAUUUCCAUCGGACGGUUUUACUGCCGAACAAAGACGCUCUGGAUUCAUAGUAAUUCAUAUUGUUCUUGCGAUUUAUUUAUUUUUGUUACUUGCAGUAGUUUGUGAUGACUUUUUUGUUCCUUCGAUUACGAAAAUAUGCGAGAAAUUAAACGUAUCAGAAGACGUUGCUGGCGCAACAUUUAUGGCAGCAGCAUCAUCCAGCCCCGAAUUAUUUAUAAAUGUCGUGGGAACAUUUGUAACCCAAGGUGACAUAGGAAUUGGUACAAUUGUUGGCUCUGCGGUGUUUAAUAUUCUCGCGGUUCCAGCAUGCUGUGGCCUUUUUGCCAGCCAGGCGCUGGAGCUCGAUUGGUGGCCAGUAAGUCGAGAUUCUCUAGCUUAUGCAAUCACCGUUGGUUUGCUUAUUUUAGUGUUUCGUGACGGGCGAGUCGAAUGGUAUGAAGGGUUGAUCCUCGUUAUCACUUAUGUGUUGUAUAUUUUGACAAUGUACUUCAACAAACGUAUUAGCAAGUGUAUGGGCUCAAUGGUGUCCAAAAGAAAAGAGUAUAAAAAUUUGGACAACAGUCCUUUGUUACCAAAACAUUUUGAGAACGGAAAAGUUAACAGUUUUGAGCCAAUCGAAGAUGAGGAUCUUGAAAUCGUCAACAUGACCAAUUGGCCGGACUCGUUUUGGGAAAAGCUGUGGUGGAUAUUAACGUGGCCGAUAAACUUUGUAUUGCUGAUAACGAUUCCAGAUUGUCGAAGGAAAUCACUUAAAUCUUGGUAUCCUGUGACAUUUUUAAUGUGCAUCGUGUGGAUUGCUUCUAUGUCAUUCGUCGUUGGCUGGGAUAUUACAAUUAUAGGCGAUACUCUGGAGAUUCCCGACUCAGUAAUGGGUUUAACCUUUCUCGCCGCUGGGAUGAGUGUUCCCGAAGCAGUUUCCAGCGUCAUCGUAACAAAUCAAGGACACGGUACCAUGGGAAUCAGUAAUUCGAUUGGCUCGAAUGUCUUUGAUAUACUUCUAUGCCUGGGAUUGCCUUGGUUUAUAAAAGCGGCAUUUGUACCAAAGAAUCCGGGACUGCAUUACGUUCAAAUAAACUCCGAAGGACUUGUUUACAGUUCAAUAUCACUCUUUUCAACGUUAAUCUUACUUUAUGUAGCAUUUGCAUGCAACAAAUUCAGGCUUGACCGUAAAGUUGGUUUUACUUGUCUGUUCAUGUACGCAUGCUUCCUUGUGAUAGCUUCUCUCACUGAACUCAAUGUCUUUUUCCAAGUAAAUCUUCCUACAUGUGUUCACUGACAAAUCUAAGCGGCUUAGUGCCGCUUUUUAGACUAUAGGCUAAUUGUUAAUUCUAGUAUUUAAUCAAGUUAAUUAGUAAAACCAUGAUUAGUGAGUACAACAGACAUAAUUCAACAAUUUUUUGGCCUUUAAAAUUUUUAUAGGAUACAA